AUGGAGGAAGGAGGGCUCACAGCAACGGCGUCUCCGCAAUGGCCGACCUCCCCGCGCGCGGCGGAGGCCAUGGCGGCGCUGCCGUCGUGGGAGGACGUCCCCGACAACAUCCUCGUCCGCGUCUCCGCCUUCCUCCCCUGCCGCGCGGACCGCGUCCACAUGGCCUGCGUCAAUCGGCUGUGGAACGCCGCCAUGCGGGGGUUGCGGCGCCCGCCGCCACCGGUGCUGCCCCCGCUGCCGCCGCUGCCUCCCCAGCUCCCGUGGCUCAUCUUUCCGAGCACUGAGGCGCCGACCUUCUUCAGCGCGAUCACCCGCUGCCACCAACCGCUCUGCCGGCUCCCGCCCGACGUCCGCCGCGCGCGCUGCUGCGGCUCUGGCGACGGCGGCUGGCUCGUCCUCGCGCUCGACUCGUGCCACGCGUACGCGCUCUACAACCUCAACUCCGGCCAGCGCAUCCCGCUCCCGCCGGGGUUCACGACCCCGAUGGACAAGGAGUUCCCACUGGUCGUGCGCGCCGCCACGCUCUCGGCCCCGCCGUCCCCCAACCCCUACAUGGUCGCCGCCAUCGUGCUAAUCGCCAGCCGCUCCACCGCCGCGUUCUGGAGCGAGGGCAGCGAGAGCUGGUACUCGGCUGGACGCCUGCUCACGGUGAGGCCGCAGGAUGUCAUCUACUACGGGGGCGCCUUCUUCUUCGUCACAUCCCGUGAGGACAUCAUCGCGUUCUGGCCUACCUACGGCCCGAAUGGCAACGUGACCCUGGCCCGUGUGGACUACGACAUGCAGCAGCGGGAGGACUACGACGCCGACGUCGGCUUCGUCCGCGGGCUGGGCACGAUGAGGCGCUACCUCGUGGAGUCCCGGGGGCGCCUGCUCAUGGUCGUGAGGUACGUCUACUACGAGGCUGGCACGGAGAUGCUCCGGGUCUUUGGGUUCCGCGUCACGGCGCCAUUGACCAACGUUCAGCGGCCUCGCGCGGCCUGGGAGAACCUCGGCGAGGAACUGGAUGGCCGGAUGCUGUUCCUGGGGCCGGGCUGCUCCAGGUCCUUCGAGGUCGCUCACUACGAUGGCUUCGAGGAGUCCAUGAUCUAUUUCCUGGACGAAGGCUUCGUCUCCGGGCCAUCGGUGGACGACAGGACGUGGUACUCCUUCACCGACAUGGGCAGGUACUCCAUGGAGGAGAUGACCUCCGAGCCCUGGCCUCCGGGUCGCCAUCCGUCGAGGUCCGACAAAGCUCCCCCUACUUGGUGGCUCCAUUGA